UUGAAACAAUGGCGACCCCCAAGAAAGGCACACCCCCCCCAAAGAAAACCAAAGAAGCACAGAGCAAGAACGACGGCAACAAAAUCAAAAAGAAGACCAGCAAUGGCACCGCUGCUGCGGCGGCGGCGGCUGUGAGAUCCCCGAGCUCAAAGCCCCAGAAGAGCAGAGAGCAAAAUGGGGGCAAAAGUACGAAAACACCCACCCCGAAAUCCAAGAAGCCCCAGCAGAACGGAAAGCGAGUCCGGGAGGAAGAGGUGGAAGAGAAAGAGGAUGUGAAGUCGUACACUUUUCCGAUGGAGCGGGUUAAGAGGAUUAUCAGGGCCGAAGAUUCCGACUUGCGCAUCAGCUCCGACGCCGUUUUUCUCGUCAACAAAGCCACCGAGAAGUUCCUUGAGAAGUUUAGUGAAGAUGCGCAUAAAUGUUGUGUUAAGGAUCGCAAGAAGGCUCUUGCUUACAAGCACCUAUCCUCAGUCGUUUGCAAACAAAAGAGAUACGAGUUUCUUUCAGAUUUUGUUCCUGAGAAAAUAAAAGCCGGGGAUGCAUUGGCAAAGAGAAAACAAACCCAAGAAGGAACAAGCUAGGAGUUGCAGAACAAGAUAAAUGGAGACUACUGACCAGUUGAAAAAUUUUACCUGCGUAUUGUAUGCAUGCAUUUGUUGUAUACACGUUCAAGUGCAUUAAGCUUGUUGCAUAGGUUCAUAGUCUUGAAUCAGGCAUGUUUUUGGUUGGAAGAUCCAAAUUUGCUGUACUAAAGAAAGUUUGGUUUAGGAUGUUUUCUAUUAGAUGGAUCAUCCGAUCAUAGCAGAUGCUGGUGGAAGAGCAGUCGAUGUGUAAUUGUAGGCGGUUGAUUGUGGAACCAGCUCAUUUCUCUGGUGCACUCCAGUUUCCAUUUCUUGGGACCAUGGUUGGUGUUUUUCCAGAAGCCACUAUGUUGUUGUCUUUAUGUUUGAUUUGUCAUGUAUGCAAAUCAUGGCAUAUUCACAAACACAGAGCUUCAACUACACUGGGGCAAAGCCCGAUUGACUAGCAUGACAUUGCUAUUAUAUUGUGCAAAGUUGGCCCUGAGUUCGAUCGGCAAAGUAGUGUAGCGUAAAUUUUCCUAUUUCAUAUUGUUUUUAGAUGGUUUUACAAUAUUAUGUUGUAGUAUAACAUGGUUAGCCGUUACUGUUUGGUCUAUAUUCAAAUUUCAAAUCUGAAUCUAUAUAUAAUGGAGUCAUCCAGUUUGCAA